CCAUAUAUGCUAUAAUUGCUAGUGAAAUACACUAUAAAUAGGAAUCAAGAACUGAACUUAAUUGUAUCACAAGAAAUAACCAAGAGAUAGUACAGCAUUUCAAGAAUACUAAUCCAACAAUUAAAUUUGCUUAUAAUUGUAAUGGCUUCUUGUUCCAAAAUCUUCGUGGCCAUUGCCAUUUUAGCUGCUUUGGUUCCUUCAAUUGUUGCUAUAGAACAUGUAAUUGGUGACGAAACAGGCUGGACUAUCAACUUUGAUUAUCAAGCUUGGGCUAAAGGAAAGGAGUUUCAUGUUGGUGACAAACUUGUAUUUAAGUAUCCAGCAGGAGUGCACAAUGUGCAUAAAGUUGAUGGAACUGGAUUCAAAGAAUGCACAGCACCAGCCACCACUGAGGCAUUGACUAGUGGAGAAGAUACAAUCACACUCUCAUCUCCGGGGAGGAAAUGGUACAUUUGCAGCGUAGGCAAGCAUUGUGAAUCCGGUAACAUGAAACUUGUCAUAACUGUCUUGGCCGACGAGUUGGGUUCUCCUGCCGCUUCACCUUCUCCGAUUGGGAACCCUGUCUCAGCAGCCAUAGCUAGUGCUCAUGUAUCCGGUUACUACUAUGGCUUGAUCUUCGGUAUAGCUGCUGUUCUUGGGUUGAUGGUGGCUUAAUACAUUGAUUGAAUGAUGUUGUGGUAGCAACUAAAUUAGCAUUCUUUUUGUUGUUGGUUAAUUAUUUGAGUCUGUUUGUCUUAAUUGGUUUGUAUUCUUUUUUAUUUUAAGAGAUGUUGAGGUUGUAAUACUCUUUUGUUUAUGGUUAUAAUAUUUUCAAAUUUUAAUA